CGUCUCGGCUAGCAAAAAGCUCCAGUAAGUUUUAUGCGGCCAUAUGCCGUGCAUUGGCCCUACCAACAUCGACACAACCCCGAAGAGCUCUGAGUCAUGGCGCCGCCGAACGUGGACUACACUCUCUACCUGGUGACUGACUCCACGCCUGCAAUACUGGGUGACAAGGACCUGGUUGAGGUAGUGAAAAAUGCUGUAGCAGGAGGCGCGACCAUCAUACAGUACCGCGACAAGACAUCAGAAACCGCGGACCUCGUACGCAUAGCGAAGCAGCUACAUGAAGUCACCCGAGCGGCCGGUGUGCCCUUGCUAAUCAACGACCGCAUCGAUGUUGCGCUGGCUGUUGGCGUGGAAGGCGUGCAUAUUGGCCAGGACGACCUGGAUCUGAAGACUGCUCGUCGAGUACUCGGCCCUGAUGCAAUCAUUGGCGUGACCGCGAACAGCGAAGAGGAGGCCAUCAUCGCUGCCAAAGAUGGUGCCGACUACCUCGGACUGGGAACUGUCUUUGCAACGCCAACGAAAGAGAACACCAAGUCCAUCAUCGGGACUGCUGGUGUGCAACUCAUUCUUGCUUCUCUGGCAGAGAAAGGUCUCGAUGUCAAGACUGUCUGCAUCGGUGGCAUCAAUGCUUCGAACGUCCAGCGGGUCUUGUUCCAGACAGCAUCAGCGCAAAAGCAGCUCGAUGGGGUUGCUGUUGUGAGUGCUAUAGUCGCAGCAGAUGAUGCCAGACAAGCUGCCUCCCAUCUUCGAGAGCUGGUACGCAAGCCUCCGUUGUUCGCCGCCAGCAGCUCAAAACCAGCGCUCUCCCAGCAGGACAUUCGCAUCAAAGCGCCAGAGCUCAUCAAGCGGAUGGCUGGCAAGAAGCCACUAUGUCACAACAUGACGAAUCUGGUCGUUCAGAACUUUGCUGCCAAUGUCGCUCUUGCUAUAGGUGCUUCGCCGAUCAUGUCGAACAAUGGGCUCGAAGCAUCAGAUCUGGCCGGCCUUGGAGGUUCGCUCGUGAUCAACAUGGGCACUGUGACACCUGACAUGCGGGACAACUAUCUGAAAGCAUUGGCAGCAUACAAUGCUGUGGGAGGGCCGACGCUGUAUGACCCUGUAGGCGCUGGGGCCACGCAGCAACGUCGCGAUGGUGUGAAGACACUUCUGGCUGGUGGCUACUUCACAGUCAUCAAGGGCAACGAGGGCGAAGUACGUACUGUCGCUGGUGCUACAGGCUUCCAGCAACAUGGUGUCGACUCUGGAGCCUCGCAGCUCUCUCUUGAUGAGAAAAUCCAGCUAGUCAAGGCUACGGCGGCAAGAGAACACAACGUUGUACUUAUGACCGGUGCCACAGAUGUGAUCUCGGAUGGUCAGCGAACGAUAACAGUCAGCAAUGGGCACGCUUUGCUUGGUGAGAUCACCGGAAGUGGCUGCACCCUCGGUACAACCAUAGCAAGCGUCCUAGCUGUGGAGCGAGAAGAUCCAUUACUUGCUGCAGUGACGGCUAUACUAAUCUACGAGAUUGCUGGCGAACGUGCUGCUGUUCGAGACGAUGUGAGGGGACCUGGAACAUUUGUACCAGCGUUGAUCGACGAGCUGUACAGAAUAAGACAGGAGAGUGUUCAAGGCAAUGGCACUUGGGCUGAAGCAGCAAAGAUAGAGAUCAUAUAGAGAUUGGGGGGAAUCAUACCCAGUGGUCGGCAUUGAACCCGGCUUAGUCAGCGAUGCUCCAGCUCCCGUCUGCUUGGGCAACUUUACUUGCGAC